GGUCUCCGUCUCCCGGUAAACUCGAUCGCGUUACUCGAAUGCAUUUAUCCCCCCUUCUAAACCAGAAUCAGUUGGUAAGCACUCAUCUAAAAAUUAUCUCCUGACUGGCGCUUAACAGCGCACUGGCGCCAACCUAAUAUUUAGUCAGUCUAUUUCGUGCGUUCUUGGCUUGUUCACAGGCGCUGGCGCUGAUGGCGAAUACUGUAAUUCGGCGGUAUGGCUUGUGUUAGUGAGAUGUGGUUAUGUGCACGGUGGUUCCUCUGUUUUUGAAGUGCGGAUAAUUUUUCGUUUGUACGAUAUUAAUGUCUCGGCAUAAACGUUGAUUUUUUUUCAAAAUAAUACACCUAUUCGGAGUGUAGUGUAACUGUGCUCGCAGUGACGUGAAAAUGUUACCAUUAUUUAGAUACUCGGUGGUGUGUAUGUGUUUGGCAUGUAAUGUAUAUGGUGCUGUGAUGAUGAAAAGUAGCACAGAAUCCGUUGAUGCAGGUUCAGAUGAGAUUCAUUGUUAUUGUAAUUUACCAAAUUGUAUUACCACAAGUUACAUGUGCAAAUCUGAAAGCGGGUGUUUCAAGAAAUUCGAACAGGGCACUGUGCAAUAUGGAUGUUUAGACUUCGUAGAAAAAAAAACACGCUGCUCAGAUUAUUCUAAUCAGACGACAAAUUCAUCUUCAGUGGAUUCCGAACUCAUUUACGAUUGCUGCUUUUCUGACAUGUGCAACAACGACAUGAAUGAUAUACACAUUAACGAACCAGAUGAGCAAAAAAUGAAAGAAUUACUUCUUGGCAAUUACAGCAAAUCGUCGUCUUUCAAUAGCUACACCAACACCGAAAUAUGGUUUAGAGCGGUAUUAAUUGCAGUUCCUAUCUGCGGAUUGAUGGUGUUAGUGAUACUAAUUUUUAUUGCCGUCAAAAUGCUGAGAUCUGAUGUGCCUCAAAAUGGUCGUUUUACGUCGACGCAUUUAAGAAAGAAGUUCAACGCUCCUGAUAUGAAUAACGUAAAAAUUAUAUCCGAAGCGGAAAAUGGCUACAGAAGUCAGUUACUUCCAAAUUGUGAUAAAUUGGAGAAAAAAUUGUCAAUUGUGUUUAAACCGCAACAAGAUAAAUAUUGUGAUUCUAAUACCGAUAGAUAUUCUAAUUUCCACAAAGCAAGAAAUUCAUAUUGUGAUAAUUUUGAACCACCAAUACAUAAGAAAUUUUCUAAGCAGAAUUUAAAUAUUUUAAAAUUACCAUAUAAGUUUAAUGAAUUAAAAAGUAAAAAUAAUAGCAUUUAUAAAAAUACGAACGUCAGUCGCAAGAACUGCGAUAAUAAUAGAAACGUGAAUGAUAGUAGCGUAGUUACCAUUGAUUCUAAUGUAAAUUAUCGUAAUUAUAGUUUAAUUAAUAAUUUAAAUCGUUGACUGAAAGCAGUGCUUGUACAAUUCACGCGGUACCCCUACCCACGCCUUAAUGAUUUAUGAAAUUCGCGUACAAUUUUGUGACGCUGUGAUAUUAUUUUAUAUUGUAUAUAGAAGAUUUUUUUAUAUAAUAUGUAUUACGUAUUUUUUUAUCGAAGAAAAAUGUUUGUAUUAUUACCGAGUAAACGACUUAUAUUUUGA